AGGCUUUAGUGUCAACUUCGGAGGGAGGUUGAGUAGUUUGUGAGGCUUGUAGGGUGAGCUGGAGGCGCUGGUCUGACGGGAGACAGAGAAGUAUGGCGGGGGGACUUGUGUUCGCGGUCUUGGCGGCGGCCUGUCUGUGUUCCUGCCGGGCUCAGAGGUGGAUUUCAGGGGGAGACGACCAGGAUGGCACGGCGCUAAGAGAUAUACCUGCCUGUGACAGCCCUGUUUACUGCUACGGAGCCCUCCUGAACGCCGUACAGUCCACACGGGUCUUCAAGGACUCCAAAACAUUCGUCGAUAUGAGCAUGAAGUCUUCCCCAGAGGACAUCUUGGGGGCGUUUGACAACAUGCGGGCCCGGGGCCAGGAUAUCCGGUCCCGGGAGGUGAUGCGUCGGUUCGUGUCGCAGUGGUUCUCCGGACCGGGCGCCGAGCUGGAGGACUGGGAGCCGUCCGACUGGCAGGAGAGACCCGCUUUCCUGAACGGCAUCAGGGAUGAGAGCUACAGAGAGUGGGCAGAGGACCUCCACGGCUUGUGGAAGAAGCUUUCCAAAAGGGUCAGCCGUGACGUCAGAGACUACCCAGAGCGGCACUCCUCCAUGUACGUGCCGUACCCGUUCAUUAUACCAGGCGGCGAGCACAGGGAGAUGCAGUAUUGGGACACGUACUGGACGGUUCGUGGGCUACUGCUGUCCAACAUGCUGGAGACAGUGCAGGGGAUACUUGAGAAUUUCGCAGAAAUGGUCCAAAGGUUCGGUUACGUUCCCGGAGGGGGGAGGGUGUAUCAAAGUAAGCGCAGCGGACCGCCUCUUCUCAUCCCUACCGUGUUGGAGUAUCUUGAACACUCCAACGACAUCACUUUGAUCAGAAGCCUCCUUCCUACCCUGGAAAGGGAGUACGACUUCUGGAUGAACAACCGAACUGUUGACAUCCGGGGAAGUGACGGCUCCAUGCACACCCUCAACCGUUAUCACGUCCUGGUGGGACAAUCAAGGCCAGAGGCUUGGCGCUUAGACGAGCGAACAGCAAGAUCUCUCCAACGUGGUGCGGACCCGGCUGACUUCCACUCCCACGUGGCCACGGCAGUGGAGUCGGGUUGGGAGUUUUCCUCCCGGUGGUUGGCUGACGUGGGCCCGCAGGCUCGCACGCUAGCCAGUAUCCGGACCCGUAACAUCGUGCCCGUGGAUCUAAACGCCAUGAUGUGUCUCAACGAGGUGGCCUUGUCUCGCAUCUACCAAAGAGCAGGUGAUCGCAGGAAGGCGGGGUACUACAACAACGCCGCAGCGCGCAGGCGCGUGGCCAUGGAUAAGGUGCUGUGGAGCGAGAGGAGAGGGGCGUGGUUCGACUAUGACUUACAGGCUGAAGGGAGGAGGGACAGGUUCUAUGUCUCUAACAUAUGGCCUCUGUGGGCGAAGUGCUAUGGCAACGGCAUGGGAGAUGCUAAUGUUGAAGCUAGGGUCCUCAGCUAUCUGAAGCAAUACACAGAUGUGCUGAACUACACUGGGGGUGUACCAGCCUCGCUACAGGAGAGCGGCCAGGCCUGGGACUAUCCGUACGGCACCGCACCGAACCACUUUGUUCUGAUCGAAGCCCUGUCGGUCAGCCAGCUGACGGAGGCCAAGAACGCGGCCCUAAACCUGACCCGCAAGUGGCUGGAGUCUAACUACAGGGACUGGGUGCACACGGGCGCCAUGUGGGACACCUACAACGUGAUCACUCGCCGACGCCCACGCAACAGUGAUGAGGAAGUUAAGGACGGUUACGGAUGGACCAAUGGCGUGGCUCUUCACCUCCUGGACAAAUACGGCAACCUGUUAAAGGCUCCUGACGUCAGCGGCUCACGUGACAAUCACGUGCCCACCGCGCUUCUUCUCAUUGCAUGUCUGGUGUCAGUUUUGUUGACUAAGCUCUGACACUGAAAAGUUGUCGAUGUUUGGAUCUGUCAAGCCUAUCAAGUCAAAGUCAAUGAUCUGAAAAUUUUGUGCAUGCCAGUUUGUGGAACAACACGUCCGAAACUAGCCCAGAAAAAAAAAAAUCAAAAUUGA